CUGCAUGCGCUGUAGCCGGUGCAGGCUCGCUAAUCCCCCUGCGUCCACGCUUUACUCUGAGCCGGUAUUUAAUUCCUGUAAACCCCCAGCUGCCGCCCUGCUUCCUCACUGAGCACGACAGACUGUGCACCGCUGCGGUUAUUAAUAAUUCAGCCGCCCUCCGCUCGGCUUCCCUGGCCGCGGCCGCAGGAGGACACCGUGCGUCCUCGCCUGGUGCCGCUCGGCUGCGUGAGCGCGUACAGCGACAGCUUCUUUUUCUUCUUCUAUUUCGCAAUUUGGUUGUUCCUAAAGCAGUUCAUCGAAGGGCGUCCGCUUUCGUCGGCUCAACGAGCACUGGAGAUUUCAUUCGUGGCUCUCGGCAACUUUCCCCGCACGUGGAGCGAGGAGAGGACCGUGGUUUAGUGAAAGCAUGCAGCUGGGUCGAAUCGCUGAGCGGUUCGGUUGACGAGACUUGCACAAGAGAGGGGGUGAAACCGCAGCCCAAACUCGGGCGAAAUUCAUGGAAAUAUGACGCACCUUGCGUGAAGAAAUCAGGAAACAGACGACUUGGAUUACAGCCUGAAGUUUACAUUACAAAAAAAAAAAAAAAAAAGAACAACAACAAUGUUUACCAGACCGUGUUUGCUUCCGGUAUUAUAAAACCGAGCUGAACGAGAAAACGAGCUUUCUUUUCUCCCACAAACUUUUUUUUUUGGAAGACAAACUUUUUUGGGGAGUGGAAAAUGGGUCUCUGAGAGGGUCUUGGCAUCUUUCCCUACACCACAAUGGCAACUGAAAACUUUCUGUUGAAUGAAGAACCCUCCAGAGGUCCUGGGAUGCCUGAAUGCUUUGUUGUAUCAGAUUCAUACAGGUAUUAUCCUACUCACCUUCUAAACAAUGCCUUAGUGGAUGAAUUUCAUCCCUUCAUUGAGGCCCUCCUACCCCAUGUCCGUGCCUUCUCGUACACCUGGUUCAACCUGCAGGCCCGUAAGCGCAAGUACUUUAAGAAGCAUGAAAAAAGAAUGACCAAGGAUGAAGAGCGCGCGGUGAAAGACGAGCUGCUGGGAGAGAAGCCCGAGAUCAAGCAGAAAUGGGCUUCACGCCUGCUCGCCAAGCUUCGCAAGGACAUCCGUCCCGAGUUCCGCGAGGACUUUGUGCUCACCAUCACGGGGAAAAAACCGCCCUGCUGUGUGCUGUCCAACCCCGACCAGAAAGGAAAGAUUCGCCGCAUCGACUGCCUCCGUCAGGCCGACAAGGUUUGGAGACUGGACCUGGUGAUGGUCAUCCUGUUCAAAGGCAGCCCGCUGGAGAGCACGGACGGUGAGCGGCUGGUCAAGUCGCCCCAGUGCUCCAACCACGGCCUUUGUGUCCAGCCGCACCACAUUGGAGUGACGGUCAAAGAGCUGGACCUCUACCUGGCCUACUUUGUCCAUACACCAGAACAAUCAGGACAAUCAGACAACUCAAACCAGCAAGGAGAGACAGAUGUCAAGCCCCCGCCAAAUGGCCACUUGAGUUUCCAGGACUGCUUUGUGACUUCAGGGGUGUGGAACGUAGCCGAGUUGGUCCGCGUGUCACAGACUCCGGUAGCUACAGCGACUGGCCCCAGCUUUUCCCUGGCUGAUCUCGACAGCCCAGGAUACUACAACAUCAACCAGGUCACCCUAGGACGGCGCUCAAUCACCUCCACUCCUUCCACCAGGACUGAAAUGGAGCUUUAUGCAAGUCUCCCACGGAGCUCAAACAAGCGCAAGUCCAUUGAUGACAGUGAGAUGGAGAGCCCGGUGGAUGACGUCUUCUACUCGGGCCGUUCGCCGGCAGCUGGCAGCAGCUCACAGUCCAGUGGUUGGCCCAAUGAUGUAGAUGCAGUGCAGCACCAUUUGGCCAGUGUGCAGGAGAGGAAGAUUAAGCAUGAGAGCGAUGGAGUGCAGUUUCCUUACCAUGGACUGUCAUCGCCUGGUUCUCUUAAGAAGCCGGGGAAAUUCGAUUUCAGCGCCCUGUCCUCCCAGACGAGGUCCCCCCGUAUGGCGUUCACCCACCACCCACUGCCAAUGCUGGCGGGAGUGAGACCAGGGAGUCCUCGUGCUUCUGCCUCAGCCCUGCACUUCCCAUCUCCCUCCAUCAUACAGCAGUCGAGCCCCUACUUCACCCAUCCGACCAUCCGCUACCACCACCACCCCGGACAGGAUCCCUUGAAGGAGUUUGUGCAGUUUGUCUGUGCUGAUGGCCCAGGGCAGGCCGGCGGACAGCCAAACGGGAGCGGCCAGAGCAAAAUGCCAGGCUCCUUCUUGCUGCCUCCACCUCCCCCAGUGGCCCGCCCAGUGCCCCUCCCUAUGCCCGACUCUAAACCCAACAGCACGCCCCCUGACGGCGGACUCUCAUCGCCCGCAUCUCCGUCAUACUCCGCGCCAGGCCCCACAGCUCCCAACAGGUUUGUCGGCAUCGGAUCACGGGACAACAACUUUCUGAACAUCCCGCAGCAGACACAGUCUUGGUUCCUCUGACAAGAUCUGUGUGAAAACCAGCAACUAGAAUUCUUUCUUUACGAUCCGAAAUCCAUAAUUGUCCUACAAUCAACACAGCGACUGACCAUUUCAUUGUAUCCACAAACGCAAAACCCCACGAAGCACCACAGGAAAAUUCAGCAGCAUUUAGAGGAACUCUGAGUUUGUUGUAUUCAGACAGAGGAAGGAGCCAUACGGCACAAAGAUGGCUAGAGGGAAAGAUGAUCAGAUGAACAAGAGGACGACAGGACAGUGGAUGGUAAGGCGGCAAGCGGGCAUGUCUCCAGAAAAGAAGGGAAGCAGCACAGGUUUGCAGUGAUGCAGGAGGAUCCUGAGGACCAGAACGGCUUCAACUUCUUGCAAGAAUGCAGUGGCCUCAAAAAUCAAUCAACAUUCAAGCUAAAUCCCACCGCCAAAUACUCAAUUAUGUUUAUGGUGAAUGCCCAAUUUGGUCAAAUUGACCAAGGUGUCUCUCUAAGAAUGACUCUACAAAAGCCCCUUGAAUUCCCCCUACUAACUAAAGAGACACUAUGCCAAAACACAGCUUGAAGGCUUUGCAGCUACCGGCUGAAUCAAUUAACUCAUUGGCUGCCAUUGACCGCAGUAGAUGUCCAAUCCAUUUGAACUGGGAGGGUUGACAUAUCCCUCGCAGUUCACAUAGAUUGGGCGUCUACUAGGGACAACCUAAUUCAAAUUCACAGCAGAAUGAAUACAGCCACAUCAUUGGCCGUCUGUCAUCGUCAAUGGCGCUAAAAGAGUUAACAUGAAUCCUAUCGAUGUGCACUAUUUACCUACCAGGCACGAAGGUCCAACUUGAUUGGCCUGUUCCAGAAAAAAAAAAAAAUCAUGGCACAAGAAGCCAACACAUUAUCACUGUUUGUCACAUCUGCCCACACGUCGUAAACAGGAAGACCAAUUCAAAAAAAUGUGUGCCAUGGACACAGUAUUUGUAUACACUUAAAACAAAUCAUGUAGUAUUUCUAGGAGGUGUGAUGUGUAGUUGCAAAGCGAGCCCAGUGAACUUUCACUACCUAAUCAAUUAGCAAUCCAAACCAACACUGAAAAUGCAGUGUGCACCAAUAUACAUUAGAUAGCAGCUAUUGGUUCCCCUUCUAUCGCCCUCUUGUAAUGUAGGUCAUUGCUUUUGGUAUUUCGUGCAUGUUCUUUUUAUUUGGAUUUGUACUUUUUUGUAAUUGUUUUUUGUAUUUGAAUGACAGCACCUUAUAAUGAAACACAGUAGGAUGUCAAAGCACGGUGGUUGAAACCUAGCCCAUGGUCAUGUUUUGAAAACACAGAAGAAAACAAUUUAAACAUUUCGGGAGACUUGCUUACUUCCCAAGAGUUGUAAAUAACAUUGAUGCCGUGUCAGUACGGUCAACAUGAAGCUAAAGCCCAAUUAGCGCAGCAGAAUUUGGGAGCAAAGAGAACUGUUAGCCUGGCCCGGAGCCUACUAGUACCUGUUUAGCAUUAAGCUAAUCCCAUUUGUGGAAUCCAUUCAAACAUGAAUUGAGAAGACGGCAAAUUUACUGGCAGAGGAAUCAAAAACAUAAAACAGCUAAUUGUUUUUGGUGUCAGAUGUACAGACAUGGAUUUUGUCACCAUCCGAAUGAGCCAGGCUAGUUGUUGUAGACUGAACAUGCAACUAUUUUCUAAAUUUAAAAACCCUUUUUUAAUAAGGUUAUUCUUUUCAGUGCCAGACAAAUAGACAGGGUUCAUACAAAGACACAAACAAUUCAUUUUGAAUUCGGACUAUGCGAUAUGGCUUUAAAAAGUGAAAUCCUCUGAUUUUAUUUUUACCACAAAUUUGAUGUUUUUUUUUUCCUCUAUUUUGUUUUCCUACCACCUACUUUUUUAAGGAGAUAAUAAGAACAUAAGACUGAGAAAGAUCAAAAAAAGUUUAACCCUUUCUAGGGCACUCAUUGAACUCACUGGCUUCCAUUGACGGGAGGGGCGAAUGACGUCGAGUGCAUUCAAAUGCAUGUAAAGAUGGCCGCUCCCAGCUUAAUUGAAUUUGGUAAAUAUUCUUGUCAAUGGUAGGUAAUGAGUUAAAUACUCUGAAAUUUGAAAGAUUAAAAAAAUCGACUUGUAGUAUUGGGGGACAUAACCAACGUAUAUACAGGUAGUCCCCGGGUUACGAACGAGUUACGUUCUUAAGCGGGCGACGAAAUCCAAAUUUCUGUGUAAGCCUUAAAUACCCCCUAAAUCCCAAAAUAUCUAUCCAAAAACAUGUAUUAUACGUCAUUGUAUUGUCCUCACCAGGACGUUGGACCUAAGUCCUAGCUAGACAGCAAGCUAAAGUGUAAUCUUUCCUCUCUCUCUCUCUUACUCGUGACUUCUUCGUGGGAGCAAAUGCACUUUUUCGUGUGCAAAAUAUGUUCUUCUUCAUGUGUACAUGCACUCUAAUUCACAUGCGGAAGUACUACCAGCUAAAUAUAAUCAUGAAAGCAUGCAUCACAAAACAAAAGACAGCAUUUUAAUCAAAUACACAUUUUGCCAAAGGGCAGAAGAGUCAAAUUAAUAAAAGCAGUGUUGUUUUCGUCAACAAUGACUAUAACAAAAAUAUUUCGUCUAACAAUUUUUUCACGACGAUGACGAGAUGAUAACGAGCUAAAGCGUGUCUGGGGAGACGAAAACAUAACAACAGGAAUGCUUGUUUUCGUCUGGCGAGACGAGAACGAGACGAAAAUGCGCCGUAGUUUCAGUCACAUGUUCAGAAUGUGUGACAUUUGAUGUGUGGUUAGCCUGCAUCGUAGCAGUGUCUGACAACUCGCAGCGUUGGCAUAGCAUUCAAGUUCGCGUUAGCAUUAGGCUAUUGUUAAUAUCGAGCAUCCAACUUUUUUUUCACAUACAGUUCGUGGCGUUCAGGUGGGUAUGAUUGAAAAUAACUUACUGUUUUCCUGCUGAGGGUAUAUUAUCACAUGAUUAGUAAAUGAAACAACAUGUGUUCGUCUGUCAAUGUUCAUUGGAAUUUUUUAUUUUUGUAGUGAAACUUUCUAAAUUUACAGACGAAAAUAUUGAGUAAGCAUCGACGAAAGCUAGAUGAAAUUAGUCUUAGUCUAGUUUUCGUCAACAAAAACUAGACGAAGACGAACACAUUUUGAAAUGACUAAAACAUGGCCAAGACUAAAAGGUAUUAUCGUCCAAAAGACUAAGACGAAAAUUAAAGAACUGCUGCUAAAAACAACACUGAAUAAAAGUUUUUUAGUAAGAUAUUGUAAGGUACUGUUUACGCAACUUAAAAAAAAAAAAACGACCGGAGACAAAAUGGCAGACGAGACUCCGGCAUCGUAAAGUCGAAAUCACUUAAGUCGGGUAUGUCGUAACCUGGGGACUAUCUGUAUCUGUUUUUGUUCAUUUUAAAUUGUAUUUUCUUUUAUUAACAUUUGUAUUAAUUCUAUUCAUUCAUAAAACAUUAUUUUAAAAUAAUAAUUAAUCUUUUAAAAAUAGUAAUAAUUUACUGUAUUUAAAAUUGAAAUGUGGCGUUACAUAUUUGGACAUCACUUUUUGGGUCAUAUCGGCCACACUUGUAUAGCAAAUGUUAAUUUUUUGGCCUACAUGACCCAAAAUGGGAUGUCCAAGUAUGUAUUUUUUAAAGUGCCAAAAAGUAGUCAUGUCCCCCAUAAAGGAUUGAACAAAAAAAUGUGCAAAACUUCUGUCUAAAAUAUAUUUUCUCUCUUUCUCAUGAAAUAAUCGAUUGAAUAACUGGUGGCUGGAUUUCCUUUUUUUUUUUUUUUUUUCAAAUGACUCACAGUGAAAAAAAACCUCAAAUUAAUUCAUACCACAGAUUUAUUGCCCAAGAAUAGUCCUUGAUUUGGAUCUUUAAAAAUUGUAUGAACCCUGCAAAAGUGAUGGUGGCAAUUCUAGGAGUACUAUGUACACUGUGGUGACAAUCAAAAAGAAGGCAUAUUUUCCGGGAACGUCUUUGCUAUGUUUAACUAAUAUGGCACCAAAGCCUCUGCUUCUUCUAUUUGGACCAUGUUUGGCUGGUAGUGGUGGUGACACUCAAUGACAAGUGUUAGAGUAACAGUAAAAGAAGGGACAGGUUGCUGAGGAGGGGAAAGUUGCUCUUUUUCUGUCUCCCUAAAACGUUUACCCUGUUGUUUACACUCCCAGACGGGCCACUGCUCCAAGAGCAGAUGGCACCACACUGCGGAGCAAAAUGAAUAUGUGACAUAUCGUUCUGUUUUCAGUCACCAUGUGCACACUUUUUUUUAAACUGAGAAAAAAAAAUGGGAUGCACAGGAUUAGCAUUUAGUUUAAGGAUGGUGGCUCUGGUAAUGUCAGCCCCUGUAUAUUGUGAAUUGAAGAGCCCUUAUUGAUCAAAAAUGCACUAAAGCAAUCACGCCAGCCAAACUUUUCUAUAACUAAUUAAAAAUCAGUGUUCACACGCGUCUUAAAUGCUAACAAACACACACCUGCCCAAGUGAACUCUAAGGGAAGUCUUAAAUGUCGACAAUCUGACGAGGCCUUUUUGCUUGUUAUCCUUUUAUAUGAACGUCAUGAUAGUCCCAACGGUUCAUUUAGUCUCUGACGGACAUCCGAAAGGUUCCGUUGAAAGCACCCACCCGACCUCACAAAAUAACUGGACUGCCUGGCCAUGUUCCUCACUGCAGGGAAGUUAGAUAGUUGGCCAACCAUCUCAUAGAGAGCAAGUUCUGCUGACUUCACGGUGGCUUCUCUGAUUUCUUUUCUAAUCUAAAGGAAGUGCCUCUGUAUUCCCAUUAUGCAAUUUGUCAAACAUGAAUUCAGGUUCUUUUUUCAUAUAUAAGCUAUGUGAAUGGUAGGAGAAAAAAUCUAUGUCAGGAGAGUGGGAGAGAUCAAUUCACUAGAUGAUCGCAAGCAUCUUUAUAUAUAAUACACAUAUAUUUAUAGAUAUAUAAUUUUGGGUUGUUGUUUUUUUUUUUUUUUUUUUUUUUUUGCAAUAUAAGCUCAGUGGCAGUCUAGUUAUUUUUUGAAGCAUGGCAGUCAUAGGUUGCAUCUCAGAAAUGGCUUAUUGGAGCCAUGUAGCAGCCUCUCAAUUGCACAAAACGGCAGAAUAGACCAUAAAAAUCAAUGGCAAAUAAUAGGGAAAAAACAAUCAGAUGAUGUAGAUGAGUAAAAAAAUCAGUUUAGUUGUUUUCUUUCUUGUUUUGAUAGGAAGCAUUGUUGUUGAAACUCAAUGAUGUGUGUUGAUUGAGCCAUGUGCAAUGCCUUGGUAGAGGAUUUGUGUUUGUUUGCGAUUGUUUGAGGGUGUUGCAAGAAAAGAGGGAGAAAUCUCUUCGUUUUUCUUUUUUCAGUUGUUGUUAUUUGUGUUUUAAGUCCAUGUGCUCUGGGACUCUAAAUAUCAGAGUGGAGAAAAAAAAAAUCCAACUCUAUGUAAGUAAGAGGGGAAUUGUUUUUAUAAGUCUCUUUUUGAAAAUGUUCCUUUUUAAUCAUUUCUUUUUAAUGUUUGGGGGCUGAAGGAACAAUUUUGCAGCUCAGAAAAUAUUAUUGCAAGGAAAACUGGUGCUUUCUCAUGAUAAAGGGUAUUAUAGCCAUACUGUAAAGAAAACAUAACACGGCAAAAGGUUAUGUUAACAAACCAAAAUACAUAUCUAAAAAAAGAAUCAGUUUUACCAGAAUAGAUUUAUUGUGUUAUGAGAAGAUACAAUUUUAAUAGACAAAAUUUUAAAAGCAUGAGUGUGACCUAGGGCUGGGCAUACUGGCCUAAAAAUAAAAUCUGAAUUUUUUCACCCAAAUUUCGAUUUAAAAUGAAUUACGAAAGUCAAAUUAUUAUUAUUAGUUUUUUAAUAAUCUGCAAUGAAUAUAUAUAUAUCUGGCAGAAAAUAUUCAGGUGACUUGAAGUUCAGCUCUGAGACCCCCAAUUUGGUCAAAUUUCAAAUUUGUCCUAUAUGCAUGUGGAGGGCUUAAAAUCUCAAUUUUCUGUGGGAAGAAACAUUUUGAACAGGAGAGCAUUUAAAAAAUAAAAUAAAAUAAAAAAUUUUGAACCUGUAAACCGUAACACGAGGUGAGAGCAUGAGAGAGCAUAAUUGAAGACACCAUGAUUUUAACGAGAUAUUAUCGCGUACUUACUUUGUCUCGAUCCAAAACUCCGUGUAGCAUGUCUCACCGAAUGUCAAGAGACAGCUGUGAAUCUCCGGACUAUUGGGGGAUUUUAUGGGUGAAACACGAUAAUAUAAAAAGGGUCGCAAUGCAGAAACAGCAGACAUCAAGGAGUGGUCAAGAUUUUCUUUUUCAAAUAUUUACCCUUUUAAACGUUUUUUUUUUCCUUUGUUUGGAUCGAUUAUCAUCAAAAAUGUCGGAGAAAAUGCAACAGUAAUAUAAGAAAUACAAUUUAGCGAUAGUUAUGAGGUACAUAUUUACAGACACUAUUUUUUUCAUUGUGACGUAAUUUGUUUAACAGUUUAAAAUAUGCGAGUGAAUUUUAUAAAGUGUUUAUAGUGUAAAUAUUAGACAUCAAUUAAUGAUUCUAAGCUUAAAAUGAUAGACAUUUGGAAUACUUACUUACCUUCUUUUUAUGGCUGGGUUGAAACAAAAGCUGUUGUAUGGUGUCUGUAAACGGGGGUCUCCAGGGUAAAACAGAAAAAAAAUAGUUUGGGGGCUUAAUGCGCCAUGAAACUGCUUGGGCAGCAUAUAGACAUAUUUUUCUAUAAUACACAACAGUUCUUUUGGCUUAAAAUACAGAAGUUUAUUCUAAAGAGGGGUGCGAGAGCAGAAACUGAUUUUUCAGCCCUAUGUUUUCACCAUAUUUAUCUUUUUUUUUUUUUUUUUUUUUAAAUUAAAAUAAUUCUUUUUUUUUUUUUUUAUCGAAUUAAUUCAUGAAACAGAUUUAUCGCCCUGGCCUAGCAUGACUGGAUCUUCUCACGUAUGACAAAGAAGGGACAACUGAAUUUUUUGACAUAUCAGAGUGAGCCUGUGAUUAUGAAAACUAUUGUGUGAUUGUGUUCAACACAUAUUGAUACCGAUAUUGAUAUACAGCAGUUAUAGUCAAACUUGCGAGAGUAAGACAGGGGCAGGUAGUCUCGGGCAGCAACAUUUUAUUUACACUAGAAUCUGAACUCCAAAUUUUCCGUCUUUUUUUUUUUUCUCUUGCGUUACAAAUUUAGUCAAUUUUUUAAAACUUUAAUCAGAUAAAAAUGCUGUUAUUUUUGUUUCUUUUCAGUAUGGCCCUAAUACUCUUUUGUGCUUUCUAGACUGAAGUACCAUCACUCUACUACAGGCCUACAUAAAUAAUACUACACAGGAUUACAAAAUUUAUCUUUCAUUUUUAGGAAAACAUGCAUUAUUCUAUUUGUCCUUUUGUAUUUACUGAGGGAGGGAGGAGUGCUAUUGUUUGAGGGGGUGGAAAGGUUUUUGUAACAAAAGGCAUUUUUUCCCCCCCUCAUUACAUUUUGACACCAUUCGGAUUGUAUCAUCUCAUAUCCAGUAUACUAAUAUGGGACUAAGACAAAAGCUUCUCCACUUGGGAGAUACACAAAAAGACCAUGAAUGAUGUUUUCUUGUCUGGCAAGAGUUCAGUUUUUCUGGUGUAAAAAUUCAGUUAGAAAUUUGUAUUUGCUCCGAGUGGCACUGUCACCUAUUCAAAUGAGCCCUGCCCCCUUCUCUCCCGAUCACCCACUUGUAAAUGACUAUACAGUAAAUAUUUGUUUGGUGAAGUAGUAUUUUAGACUCAGAGCAUCUUAAAGGUUGUCCCUAAAAAGUGCCUUUUGUUCACAGAUUCCAUCUUGUAUACUCCUGAGAACACAUUUCAAAAGGAAAAAAAAAUGUCCCCUCCUUCAUCCUUCUAUAUCCACUUGUUUCUCCUUUUUAAAGCAGUAUACAUUGUACUAAAGGCAAUUGGUGUGAUUUAGUUCUUGUUUUUAUUGUUGAAUAAUGAAAAAAAGCAGAAAAAAAGUAUAUAUAAAAAAAAAACAAGCUUCUUUCCUCUGUAUCUUGUCUUCUGUCUAUCUUGGACACUGGAGUAGUCUGUAGCUGCCCCUCAUCCUUUUUUCCCCUUUUUCUCUGAAUGGUGGGGUUUAAAAAAAAUGAAAAAAAAAAUACACAAGAUUUAUUUUUAUUUUUUUUGUCUGAGCAGAAUGCAGUUAGCUCACAUGUUAUUCUUGUCUGUAUGCUUCACAUUGUAUUACCAUACCCAUUUUCUUCAGCUUUUCCAUUCAACCGCUAAUGUAAGUGAACAAGUUACACCAGCGGGCUCUGGGCUGUGUUGAGGAUGGAAAGGGGCUGUUGUGGUUUAGAGAGGGAGCAGCCAAUCCUUUUUGGGUUCAAAUGAGGGAGACGUGCUGUAGAACUGCUCGUAAAGGCAGAGUAGUUUGUAAUCAUUGUUUGUGUCUAUUUAUUUUUUUUAUAAUCACAUUUGGACUUUUUUUUUUUUUUUUUUUUUUAUUGCAACCGCAUAUACGUGGCAGUACUAAUAUGCCACGCUCAGUUUUGCACCUUUCAAGUGGUUGAAUAAGACCUACUUUAAAACAAAAAAAUAAAAAAAUAUAACGUUUUUUAUUUGUUCAAAAGCACCUUAUUAGCAGGCCCGUUCUAUGGUGUUGAGACUAAAAGGCUCAUUUUAAGCACAAUCAAAAGAGGGAGAAGAAAAAAAAAAUCGUGCCACACUUCCUCACCAUAUGGAGUCUCUAAAUUAGCAUUGUGUCGUAGACAUAGAGACCAAAGUGGUGUGUACAGACUUCAGCAAGCGUAAGAAAAAGCACCUUGAAAACAUAGCAGCAGCGACAGUAUUAUCAAGCACCACAUUUGAGAAGCCAUAUUGGAGAAGGACAGAUUGCACGGGUCAGUGAGGUUGAGGAAGGGGGCGGCUAUGGAUAUCCACCACCUUAACUGCCAAGAGUAGUGCUUCUCCUCCACCCAUCAAAGCAGUAUCCCAUCCUCAGACACACUUCCAAGAGCCCCUGGUGAAAUGCAUGUGUUAAAGUUUCUUUUCCAUAAUAAUAAUAAAAAACAGUUUGAAAAGAGCAACACUUGAUUGAAUAAAAGGAUGUUCUUAACUGUA